GCAAAGAUAAAAUUGUGUUCCCACAAUAAAUCAGAUAAUAUAUAUCAAAUAGAUAAAUAUCCAGGACCAGCUGGUGUAACGGAAAUAGAUGUAUGUGAAGAUUCUUAUUUAUUCUGGUCAUGGUAUAUCUAUUACUAGUUAAUCCUACCAGGGGUGGACUGACCAUUUGGAAACUCGGGCACUGCCCGAGGGCCUGGGGUCAGUAAGGGGCCCCAUGAGAUGCCCUUUGUACCUUUUUCAUAGGCUUUUUUGAGCUUGGGAAGGACACAGGGGCCCCAUGAUCCCCUAUUGCCCGGGGGCCCCAUGAGUUGUCAGUCGGCCCGGGUCCUACUCAAUUA